UGUAGUGACUGUAUCUAAUGAUUCUGAGUGUUAUAUUUUGUGGAAUAUUUACUGGUGCAUGUGACUAUGUAAGUGCACCGCUAAAAUUGCAUGUUGAUCCUGAAUGUUAAAACAGCCGCAUUUGCAGUUUUUCCCUGAAACGCAGUUAAGCGUGCUGUGUAUGAAUUCGAAUGAUGAAUGUAAAUUAACUUGAUGUUGGUGUUCGAUGUCUGAAGUACUGUUCUGUAUGUGUUUCCUGCGAGAGAUCAGUGUUAGCUGCCUGGACUUGCUGGCACGCCACCCAGUGCGUAGAGUGUUCCCGAAUGCUGUGUGGUCUGGGCAUUGUCGUUUGCUUGUUGGAGAGGUCUCCCCGUACUUUCACGGUGGACCACGGGACCCCAGGCCUGCAGCAGUCCCACGCCUACGAGCCGCUGCACUCGUCUGUGCGCCGCAUCCUGUCCGGGGAGAAGGAGAAGGAGGCGCACGUGCAGGUGGUGAGAGCUACCACCGUCUGACCGCCCCCACCCCGCCUUGCUGCUGCGCUCCGCACCCUCGGCGGGUCAAGCCGACGACUCCUCCAGCAGUUGGUUGCCAUCGGCGGAAGCGACGGCUCGGGUCUACAUUUGAAGGCAAGAUCACAUCACGAAUCUUUGGUGUUCCUCCCAAACGAAAGAGAAAAAACUCUUUUCAAUGGAAGUUAACGCUUCGUCCAUUCGUUGAAAAAUAUUUCAGUGCUGCGCGAUUAUGUGUAAAUGUGUCAAUGACGCUUUUUUUACUUUUUUAUUAG